AUGGCAGAAGAAGAACACCAGAUUGACUUUGAAGGUGGUGAAGCCGGUGCCUCUUUGACUUUCCCUACCCAAUGCUCUUCUUUGCGUAAGAACGGACACGUUGUUAUCAAGGGCCGCCCUUGCAAAAUUGUGGAAAUGUCCACCUCCAAGACCGGUAAGCACGGUCACGCCAAGGUCAACAUUGUUGCCAUUGACAUUUUCACCGGCCGUAAAUUCGAAGAUGUUUCCCCUUCCACCCACAACAUGGAAGUUCCCGUCGUGAAGCGUGACGACUACCAAUUGGUCGACAUCGAUGAUGGCUUCUUGUCUCUCAUGACUUCCGAUGGUAGCACCAAGGACGACGUUCGUAUUCCUGAUGGUGAAAUUGGCCAACAAAUCCAAGAAGGCUUCGAGGAAGGCAAGGACAUGAUUGUAUCUGUCGUUUCUGCCAUGGGUGAAGAAAUUCCUCUCACCGUUCGUGAAGCUCCUAGCGGUUCUUCUUAG